UCAACUUCUGCAAUUUACAUUUCAAUUUUCUGUAAAUUAAUCCAAAAAAAUAAGAAAUAUAAAGAAAAAUGGAGAAAAUGGAUAUUAAACUUACACCCCAAUCAGCAGCAAAAGUUCAUGGUGGAACAGGAGGCACAUAUUAUGCAUGGUGCGACUCUGAACUUCCUAUGUUACGCGAGGGUAACAUCGGCGCUUCUAAACUUGCUCUUCAGAAAUUUGGAUUUUCUUUACCUGCUUUUUCUGAUUCCUCCAAAGUUGCCUAUGUUCUUCAAGGUAAUGGAGUGGUCGGAAUUGUCCUCCCCGAAAAGGAAGAAAAAGUGAUCCCGGUAAAGAAAGGAGAUGCAAUAGCUCUCCCUUUCGGUGUAAUAACGUGGUGGUACAACAAGGAAGACACAGAGCUAAUAAUUCUCUUCUUAGGUGACACCUCCAAAGCCCACAAAGCAGGGAGAUUCACAGACUUUUUCUUGACAGGAUCAAAUGGCAUCUUCACUGGAUUUAGUACAGAAUUUAUAAGUCGAGCAUGGGAGUUGGAUGAAAAAACAGUUAAUUCUCUUGUAGGAAAUCAACCUAGGAGUGGAAUCGUUCAUCUUGAUGCAUCAUCAAAAAUGCCUGAACCCAAGAUUGAAAACAGGAAAGGCAUGGUUUUAAACUGUGAGGAAGCCCCUUUUGAUGUGGAUGUGAAGAAUGGUGGUAGAGUGGUAGUUUUGAAUACAAAUAACUUGCCCUUGGUUAGAGAGAUUGGCCUUGGAGCUGAUCUUGUAAGAUUGGAUGGUAGUGCAAUGUGUUCUCCUGGUUUUUCUUCUGACUCUGCUCUUCAGGUUACAUACAUUGUACGGGGAACUGGACGACUUCAACUUGUGGGGAUUGAUGGAAGAAGGGUACUAGAAACUACUGUCAAACCAGGACAAUUGUUUAUAGUUCCCAGGUUCUUUGUCGUCUCCAAGAUUGCUGAUCCUUCAGGGAUGGAGUGGUUCUCUAUCAUUACUCAACCUAAUCCGGUAUUCACUCACUUAGCCGGUAAGACCUCAGCAUGGAAGGCGCUAUCUCCUCAAGUACUGCAGGCAGCCUUCAAUGUGAGCGCAGAGAUAGAGAAUAAGUUCCGAUCAAAGAGGACUUCUGAUGCCAUAUUUUUUCCUCCCUCUAAAUGAACACAUAAACCUAUCAUAUCUUGAUUACUUUCAGAGUUCGAGCUGUCUGAGUUCAAGUAAACGACCUCGGAUAUAUCACGUGUAGCCUCAUAUUUUAGUACUAGCUAGUGUUUUUAUACCCUCUGUUUGUGCUAUUCAAACAUAAUUUAGUGUUAUUAAAAUUUUGAAAAUUAUAUCAGAGACGAGUACUAAAUACUAAUGUUUUGCACGAUUAUCAUGUUAAAUAGGAAGUCAAUUCUUAUGA